AGGCAGCAGCAGCUCUGCAAAAAGACGCUGCAGUAAUUGUUAGUGUGGAUGAUGUCCGGAUGCCGAGAAGUUGAUAACGUCCUGACUACAACAUUUUAACCAUACUAAGGAAACGGUCGCGGAAAAAGUUAUUUUGAAUUGCCUAUCCCUCGCCACCUGACAAGGAAUAUGGUACAGAAUAAAUCACAAGAGGUUGCUGGAGUGAAAACGCAUUCACCAUCCUAAAGGAUCGUUUAGAAAGGAUACCGCUUUGUCUUUUGGAAAUGGAUUUUAGGAGUUUUUUAACUUUAGUUUAGAUUUUUACUCUGCCUUUUUCACUCCACAAGGGAUUUGUUUAAAGAAGCGACCGUUAUUGUUGGGAUAUUUGCUAACGGACGUGCGUGCGCUCAGUGGCAGAGAAGGAGCAGAUGAAUGUUUAGGAAGAAACCUUCAGAAUGAAGACCGAGGCCAAGGGUUUGGGACGGUCUGUGUCGAGGUCGCUGCAGGAUAAGGGCCGGUGGAGCCGAGGGGUCCUGCUGCUGGCCUACAUCAUCCUGGAGCUGAUCACCGUCCACUCCUCCACCGUCCUGGGGAACCUGGAGCUCCAGCUGGAUGAGGAACAGCCAGCCGGAACCAUCGUAGGGGACAUCAGCGCUGGGUUACCGCCUGGUGUCACCGCAAAUCUUUACUUCAUUUCAGACCACGAGGGCACUGGGGUGGGGAGUGACCUGGACAUAGAUGAGAGCACGGGCAUCAUCAAGACAGCCAAGGUGUUGGACCAUGAGCUGAGGGACCGAUACAACUUCAUUGCAGUGACAAUGACGGGUGUGACCGUUGAAGUGACCAUCACAGUGAAUGACAUCAAUGACCAUGCUCCUACAUUCCCCCGGAGGAGAGCGGCAUUCAAAAUCCCGGAAAUGACAGCGGUGGGAACCAGGUUCCCCCUAGAGCCGGCGGUGGACGGGGACAAAGGCCAACUGACUACCCAGGGAUACAUCAUCAAAGAUGGGAACCCCGGCCAGGCUUUCCUCCUGGAGACCCGGAGAGGCUCCAACCAGGUUCUCUAUCUGGACCUGGUGGUCAACACUCUUCUGGACAGCGAGACCACACCGUCUUAUACGCUAUCCUUGGAGGCGUUCGAUGGAGGCUCCCCUAAGAGGACUGGUCAGAUGGUGCUAGAUGUGACGGUUCAGGAUAUCAACGACAACGCUCCAGUCUUCAACCAGAGUCGCUACCACGCCAUUAUCUCAGAGAAUCUGCAGCCGGGUAGCAACAUUCUCCAAGUCUUUGCCUCUGACAUCGACCAAGGAGACAACGGUCUGGUUCUGUACGAGAUCAACCGCAGGCAGAGCGACCCGGAGAGCUACUUCGUCAUCGACUCUCGUACGGGUGUCAUCACGCUCAACAAGCCUCUGGACUUUGAGAUGCGGAGGGUCCACGAGCUUGUGGUCCAGGCGAGGGAUAACGCCACGCAGCCCGAGGUUACCAACGCCUUCGUCACAAUCCACGUCCGGGACUACAAUGACAACCAGCCCACCAUGACCAUCAUCUUCCUCAGCGAAGACGGCUCCCCACAGAUCUCCGAGGGUGCCCAGCCUGGCCAGUAUGUCGCCCGCAUCUCCGUCACCGACCCAGACUACGGAGAAUACGCCAAUGUCAAUGUCUCCUUGGAAGGAGGGGACGGGAAGUUUGCCCUGACCACCAAAGACAACAUAAUCUACCUGAUGUGUGUGGACCAGAUCCUAGACCGAGAGGAGAGGGACACAUACGAACUCAGAGUGAUGGCUACAGACGCAGGCACCCCUCCUCUCAGGGCUGAGUCCUCCUUUACGAUACAAGUCACUGACGUCAAUGACAACCCUCCUCUGUUUGAUCAGCAGCAGUACAGACAGGUCAUACCUGAGGUGGUGUUCCCAGGGAGCUUCGUGUUGCAGGUCACGGCUAGAGACAAAGACCAGGGGCCCAAUGGAGACAUCACAUACAGCCUCCUGCAGGAUGGCAAGGCCGGCCAGGAUGAGAACCAGGCCCAGUGGUUCACCAUAGACCCAGUAACAGGGAUCAUCACCACACUCUCCCAGCUGGAUUACGAGUCGCAGCCCAGGCCGAAUGUGACAGUGGUGGCUACAGACGGAGGGAGGCCUUCCCUGUCCUCCACAGCUCUGGUCCAUGUGGUGCUGCAGGAUAUUAAUGACAACGAACCUGUGUUCGGUACCAACUUCUACAAUGUAUCGAUCAAGGAGAACACGGCCGCUGGGACCUGCAUCCUAGAGGUGACAGCGACAGAUGCGGACGGUGGCUCCUUCGGCUCCAUCAGCUACUCUCUGGGGUCAGGCAUCAACAGUGCUGUCCCCUCCCAGUUCUCUGUAGGGAAGGAGACAGGACAGAUCUGUACCAACGUGGCUCUGGACAGGGAUCAGGGACCAACCAGCUAUGACUUUACCGUCACCGCCGUGGACGGGGGCGGUCUGAACUCUGUGGCCUAUGUCAGGGUGGACCUGCUGGACAUCAAUGACAACAGACCAGUCUUCUACCCUGUGAGCUACGCCGUCAGCCUUAGCUCCCAGAGUGCACCUGGCACUUCUGUUGUCAAGGUUACGGCCCUUGACCCCGACACUGGGGAGAACGGGAGGGUCACGUACCGAACCGUCCCUAGGGGCAACUCUCCCUUCUUCACCCUCAACAAAGACACAGGUGUGAUCUCCCUGUCCCGGUCGCUGCACGGCAAGGCCAACACGGUGAUCCCCAUGGUGGUUUCAGCCCAGGACGGAGGGGGUUUGGCAGCACUGGUCAACGCCCGGGUCAACAUUAGUGUGGUGGCAGGCCUGGUGGCGCCCCCUGUGUUCGAACACAGCCAGUACAGCUUCACUGUAUCUGAAAACGUACUGCGAGGGACUGAGGUUGGCAUCGUACAGGCCAUCAGUAAGAACGGCGGCCCCAGUAAGGACAUCCUGUACACCAUCUCCUCUGGAGACCCUGCUGGCUACUUCACUGUGGACCCAGAGAGUGGUGCCCUGCGGACCAGCCUUCCUCUGGACCACGAGGCCCAGCCCUCUCUAACCCUGGAGCUCCAGGCUCGUAGCGGCAGCCCCCCUGCCUUCGGUCAGACCCACGUCCACAUCACCAUCCAGGACAUCAACGACAACGCUCCUGUCUUCAUGCCCUCCUCUUCUGAGUCUCUCCUCCUCCCAGAGCACACAGAGAUAGGGACCGUGGUCUACAGAGUCCAGGCCAAAGACCGGGACUCCGGCCUCAACGGCCAGAUGACCUUUGAUCUUUCCUCCACCGCGACCUCAAUCGGAGGUCAAAGAACCUUUUCCAUGGAGCGCAGCACAGGGGAGAUCCGGCUGGUUGGCGGGCUGUCAUACGACGUAACGCCGCGUUACGACCUGACGGUGACAGCUAAAGAUGGCGGCGCGCCGCAGCUAAGCUCUACCAUGAUGCUGGUGGUGCACGUCCAGGCGGAGAACGACCACGGUCCCGUGUUCGACACCCUGACCUACCGCGUGGAGCUGAGGGAGAACACGCCGCUCAGCACACGCUUCCUACAGGUGCGAGCUCUGAGCCUGGACACCACAGGUUCAGGCUCCUCCUCUCCACUGGCGUACUACCUGAGACCUGACGGAGACGCAGCAGGGUUUGGCAUUGCAGCAGACAGCGGCUGGCUGUUUGUGAAGAGCGCCCUGGACAGAGAGGUGAAGGACAUGUACAUGUUGAUGGUUCUGGCCACGUCGGGCCACGGGCAGCUGACGAAGACGGGCAGUGCCACGGUGAGGGUGUCCGUGACCGAUGAGAACGACAACUCACCUCGUUUGACACAGGAGAGGGCUUUCCUGGCCGUGAGAGAGAACCUUCCGGCGGGGUCAGGGUUCGGACGGGUUUCGGCUAUGGAUCGCGACUCAGGGCUCAACGGCAGGCUCAGUUACAGACUCCUACACUCAGACAGAAGCUUCCAGAUCAACUCACACACAGGUGAGAUCAGUACCCGUGUAGGUCUGGACAGGGAGCAGCAGAGUAGUUACCAGGUGUUGUUGGUGGUCCAGGAUGGAGGUACUCCCCCGCGCAGCGCUACAGGGACAGCCUUCAUCACCGUCCUGGAUGAGAACGACAACACUCCCUCCUUCAGACACAGCCAGCCUGGCAGAGGACUUACCAUGCAGGUGAUGGAGGGCCAGGCAUCAGGUCUACUGCUGGGGAAAGUACAGGCCAAGGACCCUGAUGAGGGAGAGAACGGCACGGUGUACUACUCCAUGUCAGGUCCCAGAGCAGAGCGUUUCUCUCUGAACCCGACUACAGGUGAACUGCAUUCCUCCUCUCCUCUGAGUCACUCUGACAGAGCUGAGUACAGCUUCACUGUGACUGCCACUGACCGAGGCCAGCCAUCUCACAGCGCUACCUGUUCACUACACAUACAGGUCCUGAGUGCGAGCAGAGCUCCUUCCAAAGCCAACUCCCUCUCCAUAUACUUAAACUCCGUUGAGGAGGCCAAACCGGGCUCUGUGAUUGGCUCUGUGAAGUCACAUGACAGCUUAGAGCUCCCUGAGGCUGGUCAGGUGACCUAUACGGUGGUGGGCGGGUCAGACCGAGACGGAACGUUCAUGGUGGACCGUCAGACAGGUGACGUGUACCUGGCAAGGGAGCUGGACUACGAGCGAUCUGCCCGCUACACACUACAGAUAGAGGUGGACGACUUCUCCAUGACAUUACCCAGCAGCCACCUGGUGCAGCUGGACAUCGAGGUGAAGGACAGCAACGACCACGCACCCUACUUCCCGGAGGACCCCGUUACCAUGGUGAUACCUGAGAACAUGGAGCCUGGGGCGUCCAUCUACACCUUCCAGGCCUCAGACCAGGAUGGAUCAGGACCCAACAGCCUGCUGACCUACUCCAUCCUGCACCAGUACCCUGACCUCCCUGACAUCCUGACCCUUCACCCUUCCACUGGCGUCCUGACCCUGGCGCAGGAACUGGACCAUGAGGUUACUUCCUCCCUCAUCCUGGUCGUACAGGCGACAGACUCCGCCCUGAACGACAGCCAGCGGCGCUGGGGCUCCGUGACAGCAAGGGUGUUUGUGACAGACGAGAACGACAACGCUCCAGUGUUUAGCUCGCCUUCUGCGGUCAGUGUCAUGGAGGACCAGCCUGUGGGCUUCGUGGUUCUCUACGUUGUGGCGCGAGAUGCCGACCAGGGGGAGAACAGACGGGUCAGCUACUUCAUCGAGACUGGCAAUGCUGGAGGGACGUUCAGCCUCAACCCUAAUACUGGUUCUCUGUCUAUCCUGAAGCCCAUCGACCGGGAGGAGCAGGUCCUGUUCAACCUGACCAUCGUAGCCCAGGACCACGGGGUACCAGCGCUCUCAUCCAGCCAGCUGCUGUCUGUCCAGGUCAUCGACGUGAACGACCAGGUGCCCUGGUUCCAGGAGAAGCAGUACCAAGCCCAGAUUACAGAGAACCAGCCUGCAGGAACCACUGUUCUGGUGGUGUCAGCCUCCGACCUGGACCAAGGUACCAAUGGCCAGGUGACAUAUGGAGGCAUCUCUGAUGAGGGUUUCAGCAUUCACCCAGCUACAGGUGUUAUAACCACCACUAAAGCCCUGGACAGAGAGGCACAGGAACAAUACACACUGACAGUGUAUGCCCGAGACGGUGGCAUGCCUCCUAACUUUGCCCGGGCGUCAGUGAGGAUCCGGAUGUUGGAUGAGAAUGACAACGCCCCAACGUUCAGUAGACUGUACUACAGUCUGGAGGUGCCUGAGAACAUGGAGGCUGUUGAGCUGUUCACCCUCAGAGCUACGGACCUGGACACUGGAGACAGCGGAGAGAUGACCUACAAGAUCACAGCAGGCGACCCAUCAGGUGACUUCCGUGUGGACAGGAAGUCAGGUGUUCUCUCCACCUCCAGACCGCUGGACAGGGAACGUAGGGCCAGGUACAGUCUGACAGUGACAGCCCUUGACGGGGGCUCUCCGGCCCUGAGCAGCACGGCCACUGUAGAGGUCACUCUCCUGGACGUCAACGACCACAGCCCCCAGUUCACCAGCCCCAGCUACAUCGCUGACCUCUCUGAGGAUGCUCCUAUUGGCUCCCUGGUGCUGGAGGUCUCUGCUACUGACCUGGACCAAGGGUCUAACAGCCAGGUGCUGUACUUCCUGUUGCGCGGUUCCCAGGGCAUGUUCAUCAUUGACCAGCACACGGGACAUGUCAUCACCGCCGCGCCGCUCGACCGGGAGCGAACCGCGUCGUACACUUUCGAUGUCUGUGCCACAGACCCGUCCCCCGCCAGCCCACGCAACUCCACCGCCACGGUCAAUGUGUAUGUACAGGACGUGAACGACAACGCUCCAUUCUUCAUCCAGGAUCCCCUGGUUAUCAACAUCUCUGCCUCCAGUGUCUCCUCCCACCGCGUCCUGGCCACCAUGCGGGCGGAGGACCGUGACUUUGGGGCCAACGGCUCAGUGUUCUACCGCUUCGCCAGCCCUGUCCGGGGCUUCACCAUUAACUCUCUGACCGGGGACAUACAGGCUACAGAGAAGCUGCAGGGACUGACCCAGGGCCAGAGGACUCUGAUUGUAGAGGCUAUGGACCAGGGCAGCCCAGCCCAGUCCUCUCUAGGGGUGGUGGUCAUCUACAUCAGAGAACAGACCUACAGGGGGAUCCGCUUCUCACGCCACGCUAGAGAUGUCAGUCUGCAGGAGAACGCUGCCAAAGGUACCGCCGUGGUGCAGACUCAGGCCCAGUACCCUGAUGGAUCCCGUAGUGGGAUCAGUUACAGCAUCUUCAGUGGCAACACCCUACUCUCCUUUGGAAUCAGCUCUUCCACUGGUGAGAUCUGGGUACAGAGCUCCAUGGGGCUGGAUUAUGAGGAGUCCCCUAGACUCCGCCUAGUGGUGAAGGCUGAAACUGCAUCCUCCAGUUCCUUCAUGGCGGUCAACCUGAUCCUUCAGGACGUCAAUGACAACCUGCCGCGCUUCCAGCUGCAGAACUAUGUAGCCUACAUACGAGAGGCACAGGGAUAUCAUUUUCCUAUCAUACAGGUGGUGGCUGAUGACCUUGACCAGGGCCAGAAUGGUCAGGUGACCUAUAGCCUGAGGUCGUCGUCUCUCAGCGGCCUGUUCAAGAUCGACUCGCUGACCGGAAGCAUCACCACCGCCGCUAUCAUGGACCGAGAGAUCUGGACACAAACCAAGCUGGUUGUUACGGCGACGGACCGGGGCACACCACGAUUGGCCGGCUCGGCGACCCUCACGGUGAUCAUCGUGGACCUCAACGACAACAGUCCUACAAUCCCUCUGCCGCGUGAGAUCAGAGUACCAGAGAACACUCUGGUUGGCUCGGUAAUAACCCAGGUGACAGGAAAUGACGUGGACUCAGGCCCCGCCCUGUCCUACACCCUCCACCUGGACCUGUCUUCCCAGGGCGUAUUUGGGAUCCACCGCUACGGGGGCGGGGUGUCUCUGACCGCCCCUCUGGACUACGAGGAGAAGACCUGGUACACGCUGACUGUCAGGGCUACUGACUCCAAACACCAGACUGAAGCUAACCUCACCAUACUGGUGGAGGAUGUCAAUGAUAAUGCUCCUACGUUCACACAGGAUCUUUACCAGAUGACUCUGGCAGAGCACUCCCCAGCUGGCAGUGCAGUUGUCACUGUGACAGCCACGGACCGCGAUUCUGGGGAGAACGGCCGCGUCACCUACAGAGUGAUGUCAUCAACCCGGGAUAUCUUCUACAUCGACCCCAGCAAUGGUACCCUGUUCAUCACCCAGCAGGCAGAGUUUGACUCUGAAAACCCUUCUAUCCUGGUGGUAAUAGAGUCCAGAGACAUGGGAACACCAGCCCUCUCCUCCAUCGCUACUGUACAGGUCCAGGUGACUGACAUCAAUGACAACGCGCCCGUCUUCCACCAAUCAGAGUACAGAUCCACGGUGUCGGAGGACGGCCUUCCGGGCGCCACCAUCCUGACCCUAGAGGCGACCGACGGCGACGCGUCACGCGACAACUGCGGCUUCGACUUCACCAUAGCCAGCGGAAACUCAGGCAAUGCCUUCCAAAUCGAGAGCAGCGUACGCUUCCUGGAAGGACGAGGCUUCCAGACGGUAGGCAGCGUGGUAUUGACUGGUGAGGGCCUGGACUUCGAGGCUGUGUCCAGUUACAACCUGACCGUGGUCGUGUCGGACCGUGGCGUGCCCCAGAGGAGCUCGGCUGUCUCUGCGCUGAUCAGUGUGACAGAUACUAACGACAACCCUCCGGCGUUCAGCAGGGCAGAGUACAGUGUGGUGCUGAGUGAAGGAACAGCCGCAGGGACUGAAGUCCUCAGCCUGUCUGCAACAGACCCAGACUCCUCGGUAGUAGGGAAGGUGCAGUACCUGAUCAGCUCUGGGGAUGAGACGGGUAUGUUCCAGGUAGACCGCUGGACCGGAGCCCUGAGGCUGCAGAGACCACUGGAAAAUGAGAGACAGGGAUCCCAUGUGAUCAUUGUGCAGGCGUCAGAUGGACAGGGUCACUAUGCGCUGGCUCCAGUCACUGUGGAGGUGAAGGACAUUAAUGACAACAGACCUUACUUCCCCCUGCCUGUCCUCACCGCCAGCAUCAGAGAGAACCAGCCUCACAACACCCUUGUCACCAUGCUGCACGCCAUCGACCAGGACACAGGAGUCUUUGGACAGCUGAGAUACUACAUGUUGGACAAGACUGGAGAGGGGAAAGACGCCUUCCUGGUCAACCAGACGUCAGGCGAGGUCCGGACUCGCUUCACCUUCGACUUUGAGAAAGUCAACUUGUUCAACUUUGUAGCUCUGGCCAUGGACGCAGGGAACUUCUCUGCCACGGUGACCGUCCAGGUGUACGUGACAGGGGAGGAUGAGUACGACCCUGUGUUCUCCGACCCAGAGUUCUCCUUCUUAGUUCCUGAGGGGUCGAAGAAGGGCCAGAGCAUUGGUCAGGUGACAGCCAGAGACGAGGACGAGGGAGUAGACGGGAUUGUUCUGUACUCCCUAGCUGACCCCUCGCCCUACUUCCAGGUCAAUGCAUCGACGGGCGUGGUUUUCCUGAAGAUGGACAGCCACGUCCAUCAUCUGAGCAGGUCCAAGAGGGAGGUCCGUGUGAUGAACCUUGACCUGAAGGCCCACAGCCCUCUGGAGACAUCCCGUGUGGCCACCGCUCGCAUCACCGUUGACGUAACACACACCUCCUUUGGCGUGGCAUCGGACAUGAACCUGCUGCUGGUCAGUGUGAUCGCUGUGUCCCUGGGAGCCAUCCUCAUCCUCAUCUUCAUCGCCAUGGCUCUGUUCUGUGUGAGACUGAGACGUCAGAGGAAGGAGCAGCAGAGUCGCUGCAGACCUCCAGCCUCUCCCGGCCACGGCACGAUGCUGCACAAACUAGAGGAGACUAAAGUCACUGGCACCGACCGGAGCAUCUACCACCAGGCCUUACCAGGGUACACUUCUGACCAAACUGGGAGUGGUGUGGGAGGGCCAUACCCCCGCGGGGGCUCCCUGGACCCAUCCCACUCCAGCGGGCGUGGCUCGGCAGAGGCGGCAGAAGACGAUGAGAUCCGGAUGAUCAACGAGUACCCCCGUGUCUCCUCCAUCUCUUCGUCCAUGCAGGAACACAUCUCAGCCCGCGGGCCAGACUCUGGUAUCCAGCAGGACGCUGAUCAGCUGUCUGACGUCUCCUGUGAGCCCAACAUGGACGCCAACCAGUGGUUCAAGGCCAAGAAGCUGGCCAGUCUCAGUGGGACUCUGCUGGCUGGCCAGGUGCCUGUCUACAGGGAGGAUGGUGGAGGUUAUCUGGGGGUAGGGAGGGGGCUGAACAUCUCCCACCCUAAAGACUAUGCCUUCCCAGUGGAUGGUAAACCCGCUGUGGACGGCUCCCUCACAGCCAUAGUGGCCAGUGACGAGGAGCUGAGGGGUAGUUAUAACUGGGACUACCUGCUGGACUGGUGCCCACAGUUCCAGCCAUUAGCAAGCGUCUUCACGGAGAUAGCGAGGUUAAAGGAUGAGACGGCCCCUCCUAACCCUCGCAGACCACUCCAGCACAAAGCCAAGGUGGACCCCAAACCCCCUCGCAUUGACCCCCCGCCCCUAAUCACCUCCAUAGCCCACCCCGGGGCGAAGACAGUCCCGGUCAAGCCUGCCCCCGUUAAGCCCUCUGUGGGGAGGUCCUCCUUCCCCCAUCUGGCCUCCCUACGGAGGUCCCCCAUCAGUCACGAGGGCUCCCCCUCCUCAGUAGCCAUGUCCCCCAGCUUCUCCCCCUCCCUGUCCCCCCUGGCCGCCCGCUCCCCGGCCAUCACACCUUUCGGCGUCACCCAGGGCCCCUCAGCCUCCAUGAUCAGCACCACUGAACACAGCAUGGAGCACAGUGAAGAGGCCGAGAUGAGGAUAUAGACUAUAGACUCACAGAUGAGGAUAUAGACUCUGUAGACUGAGGAGGAAAUAGACUCUGUAGACUGAAAUUAAGAUAUAGACUAUAUUGACUAACAGAUGAGGAUAUAGAUUCUAUCGACUCACAGAUGAGGAUAUAGACUCUAUUGACUCACAGAUGAGGAUAUAAACUCUAUUGACUCACAGAUGAGGAUAUAGAAUCUAUUGACUAACAGAUGAGGAUAUAGACUAUAUUGACUCACAGAUGAGGAUAUAGACUCUAUUGACUAACAGAUGAGGAUAUAGACUCUAUUGACUCACAGAUGAGGAUAUAGACUAUCGACUCACAGAUGAGGAUAUAGACUCUAUUGACUAACAGAUGAGGAUAUAGACUCUAUUGACUCACAGAUGAGGAUACAGACUGUAGACUGAGAUGAGGAUAUAGACUCUGUAGACUCUGAGGUACUAGAGAUUGGAAGACUGAUACUGAGUUAUUGUUCCUCAAAAGACAGAGGUGAUGUAUCAAUUGACACCCUAUUUAGGUUGCAGGGUGGUACCCCUCCUAAUGUGUAAUGGUCACAGUCUGGUGUCAAUAUACUGUAUCGUACAGUGUACCUUCCAUUCUGGCCAGAACACAGAGUGUGGUUAAGUACUGUAGUUAAAUAAUGAAGUAACUCUCAAAUGGACUCAAAAGGUGGUAGCUGCAUCAUAAACUAAUGGGACCCUCAAACUGAACCAGAAUGAAAACUGAGGCGAAAAUGGAUGUUGCCUUUUCCUCUUCCCUCUAUCCAAUCAGUGUCAAGAGAACAAAACUACCCAGGAUUUGCACAUUCUAAUGGGGAGCCAUGAUGUCAAUAUUCUGUAGAAGAUAUUUUUAUACUGACUUUGGUUUCUGACUAGAAAUGGCACUAAUUCUGUGCCAGAAGGCUGUUAUAGCCUCAGAAUAUAUUUCCAUAUGUGUAUAUUUCUAGCUAUGUAACAGUAUGUUGUGAACUCCAUGUUUGUUCUAUUUUAUGUACUUAACCAUUGUGUUCUUGGAACGAAAAAAAGCUCUAUAUUUCUAUUAGUGUGAUUGAUUGGGGGAUAUGCUGUCAUUUCUUGUAAAUAUUUAUUACGGAGGAGCGAAAAAAGAGCUUGCGUUGCUGGAAGAACAUGAUACCAGUAUCAAUACAGUGUUUGGUCAAGAAGCUUUCAAAAAUAAUCUGCUGAAGUGUUGGAUCCCUCUCAUACUAAUUCAGUGUGCCAUAUGUGUGUCUCCCAAAUGGCACCUAUUGCCUAUAUAGUGCACUACCUGGUCAAAAGUAGUGCACUAUAAAGGGAAUAGGGUUCCAUUCGGGAUGUAAACACAGUCUUUUGAGUAUAGUUUGAAAGGAUCAGUCAUGCAUGUUCUCAUGUCCUAAGCACGUUCCUUUGUUUCUUCCUCCAGUCUAGUUUAGGUGAACUUGACACCGAUUGAUCGUGUCCUUUUUUUCAGGUUCUUUGCUGUGAUUUUAAUCACGAUGAGCCGUACAGGUCUACUUGGUAUUCUAGUGGCAUAGUAGACCCAGACAAGGGCAGAACCACUCAGACACAGACAGGGGAGGUCAGAAACAUCACAGAGACCAGCUGCAAUAUAACUACAACGUUUCCCGCAGUAGAACAAAGGAAAAUAAAACAAAUGUCAUGUAUGUCAGCAGACAGGUCCAGUUGUUAUUGUAGUGGCAGUCUUACCAUCCAGACAGACAGGUCCAGUUGUUAUUGUAGUGGCAGUCUUACCAUCCAGACAGACAGGUCCAGUUGUUAUUGUAGUGGCAGUCUUACCAUCCAGACAGACAGGUCUAGUUGUUAUUGUAGUGGCAGUCUUACCAUCCAGACAGACAGGUCUAGUUGUUAUUGUAGUGGCAGUCUUACCAUCCAGACAGACAGGUCUAGUUGUUAUUGUAGUGGCAGUCUUACCAUCCAGACAGACAGGUCCAGUUGUUAUUGUAGUGGCAGUCUUACCAUCCAGACAGACAGGUCUAGUUGUUAUUGUAGUGGCAGUCUUACCAUCCAGACAGACAGGUCCAGUUGUUAUUGUAGUGGCAGUCUUACCAUCCAGACAGACAGGUCUAGUUGUUAUUGUAGUGGCAGUUGAACCGUCCAGACAGACAGGUCUAGUUGUUAUUGUAGUGGCAGUCUUACUAUCCAGACAGACAGGUCUAGUUGUUAUUGUAGUGGCAGUCUUACCAUCCAGACAGACAGGUCUAGUUGUUAUUGUAGUGGCAGUCUUACCAUCCAGACAGACAGGUCCAGUUGUUAUUGUAGUGGCAGUCUUACCAGACAGACAGGUCCAGUUGUUAUUGUCGUGGCAGUCAAACCGUCCAGACAGACAGGUCUAGUUGUUAUUGUAGUGACAGUCGAACCAUCCAGACAGACAGGUCUAGUUGUUAUUGUAGUGGCAGUCUUACCAUCCAGACAGACAGGUCUAGUUGUUAUUGUAGUGGCAGUCGAACCGUCCAGACAGACAGGUCUAGUUGUUAUUGUAGUGGCAGUCGAACCGUCCAGACAGACAGGUCUAGUUGUUAUCGUAGUGGCAGUCGAACCGUCCAGACAGACAAGUCUAGUUGUUAUCGUAGUGGCAGUCGAACCGUCCAGACAGACAAGUCUAGUUGUUAUUGUAGUGGCAGUCGAACCGUCCAGACAGACAGGUCUAGUUGUUAUUGUAGUGGCAGUCGAACCAUCCAGACAGACAAGUCUAGUUGUUAUUGUAGUGGUAGUCGAACCAUCCAGACAGACAGAAGACAAAACAGCUGACAUGAGGUUUGAGUAGAGGUUUGAAUUCUCCCCAGGAUUUUUUAACAAGGUGGUGCUGCUGAGUACGGUGGGGUAAACCAAUUUACUUUAUUUUUAUAUAUAUAUAUAUAUA